GAGGACCUGAUCCGGACUCCAUAAAUUCCAUAUCUGAGGCGUUAACGACGUUUUCUGAGAUAGACGGAGGUUUACCGUCGACCUCCAUCCUGAAACAGGGGCGAAUGUGAGGAUGUCUCUUCUUCUUCCCGCUUCUUUCUCCCAUGGAACUACUAAUCUCUCUCCUCUUCCUCCUCUCGCCUCGCCUCCAUAUGUAUCUCUUCGUUUGGUCCCUCAUCGUCUUUUAAACAACAAUCUCAGCAGAACCCAUGUCACCACUACCACGAUCAUCACCUCUGCCAUAUGUUUUUGCAGACAUAACGAGAAAGUACACAAUAGUUUCCCUUCAAGCAUGAGUGGGCACCGAGUUUCUUGGGUAUCUGGAACUCCCGUAGGGCGAGUUUGUAGUUCUUUGGGUUUAUCUACCUAUAAUGGUUGCAGUGGAAGCGAAGAUGCCAUAGCCCAAGAACCUGGCACCAGAAGCGAUGGUGAAGAAGAAGGUGAGGAUUCUGAUGAUGAGGAGGAGCUGGAAGAAGGGCUUGAGAUAAGAGAUUCUAUUGGACCUGAGAGAUGGGAUGUUUUGGGUCUUGGACAAGCCAUGGUAGAUUUUUCGGGCGUGGUGGAUGAUGAAUUUUUGAAGAGAUUGGGACUGGAGAAAGGGACCAGGAAACUCGUGAACCAUGAGGAGAGAGGUAGAGUUUUGCGAGCUAUGGAUGGUUGCAGCUAUAAGGCUGCUGCUGGAGGAUCUCUCUCCAAUACAUUGGUAGCCUUGGCGAGGCUUGGUGGUCGGUCCAUUGGAGGCCCUGCCUUGAAUAUUGCCAUGACCGGUAGCGUUGGGAGCGAUCCCUUGGCUGGGUUUUACAGGGCAAAGCUGCGUCGGGCAAAUGUGAAUUUUCUUUCAGAACCUGUCAAGGAUGGGACAACAGGGACAGUUAUAGUUCUCACCACUCCCGAUGCCCAACGGACUAUGCUUGCGUAUCAGGGUACAUCUUCAACUGUUAGCUAUGAUCCUUACUUGGCCAGUGUAAUCUCCAAAACAAAUAUACUCAUUGUGGAAGGUUAUUUAUUUGAACUUCCUCAUACCAUCAAAACAAUAGCAAAAGCAUGUGAGGAUGCCCACAGGAGUGGUGCUCUUGUUGCUGUCACUGCUUCUGACGUAUCCUGCAUUGAGAGACACUAUGACAAUUUUUGGGAUAUCAUAGGGAAAUAUGCAGACAUAGUAUUUGCAAACAGUGAUGAAGCAAGAGCUUUCUGCCACUUCUCCUCGAAAGAGAGUCCUGUAUCUGCUACAAGGUAUCUGAGCCAUUUUGUACCCCUGGUCUCUGUAACUGAUGGUCCUAAAGGAUCUUACAUUGGUGUAAAAGGUGAAGCCAUAUACAUACCCCCUUCACCAUGUGUACCUGUUGACACAUGUGGUGCUGGAGAUUCUUAUGCUUCUGGGAUUUUAUAUGGUAUAUUACGUGGCGUAUCAGAUUUGAAAGGUAUGGGCACACUAGCAUCAAGGGUUGCUGCUGUAGUUGUUGGACAGCAGGGGACUCGCCUCUGUGUUCAGGAUGCAGUUAAGUUGGCAGAGUCAUUUGCAUUUCAAAUCAAUAGCUCCGGUGUUCACUUCGAUGUAGGAUCAGAUCAUAUCUCCAGUUUCUAAUCUUGUCAGUCAGCUUUGUGAUUCUAAUUUGUUUUCUGGCCGGAAUAUAUAUAUAUAUAUAUAUAUUUUUCAUGUAAUUAUAUUUAUGUACAUUCUUAUACUUACGUUUAUCAAAUUUUGUAAAUUAA